UGUACCUCUAUUUUCUCCACCUUUCAUCUUUUCUCUGUUUUGACGCCAUGCCUAAGUUUUCCAUUAACUCCGUUCUCCUUCUCAGUAGGCGAUCAUACUCGGCGGCAGUGGAGAAUGCAAGAGUGCAGCCGGUGGUAACAGCGCUGAGGAAGGCAACUGAUCAGUCUGGCAGUGCGGCGGUGGCAGUGGCGUCGGCCACCGACCGGAAGGAGAUAUUUUGGAUGAGAGAUCCAAAGAGUGGCAACUGGAUUCCGGAGAGUCACUUUGAUGAGAUCGAUGUUGUAGAGCUGAGGGAGAAGUUUCUUCCACAAAAGUUCAAACAGUGAAAUAAUUCGACGACUUCACUUGACUCUAUACAUGUCGAAUAAAUACAUUUUUGAAAUCUACAUUUGUUCGCAAAAAACAUGUUUCACGUUUUUGUUCUCUAUCUCUUUUGUUUCUUUGAUACUCCAUUUAUAAUAAAUUAAGCCAG